UGUUGCUGCCAACGCCACUUAUAUCGCAUACACUGCAUUAGCGUCUGACUCGACGCUUCAUCUUUCUUGUCAAGCAGACCACUUGGGGGUACCAGCGAUCUACAGUUGCUAUAUAGAUGAUAUACCCCCGGCCGUACAGGCCCCUCACCACAACAACCUGGCCAUCAACAUUCAUAUUCUUUCGCUCAUACCACCCCAAACAGUGGACGACAGUCAUGUCCGACACUAAAAAGAAAGAGAAAAGACCACCCCUAACGCACUUUCUCUGCCUCCCUCUCGUCAACUCAAAAUCCCUCCCCCAACUAGAAUCCUCUCUGGCAGCAUUCAAAGCGUCGAUUCCACGCCGUGCACUCCGAUAUGGAGCUCCAGGACAGCCACUCAUCCCUGAUGGCGCGCUCCGUCCCGUAGGUACCCUGCACCUGACUCUGGGUGUCAUGAGCCUCCCAACGAAAGAGCGCCUGAACGAGGCUAUCGAGUUCUUCCAAUCACUGGACCUAGCCACUCUGGUGCGCGAGGCUGAGAAGAUCGCAAGCGCACGCGCGCAAGGCAGGAAGAGAAAUGCGCCGUUAGUCUCAGCAGCAGAGCAGUCAUCUUUGUCGAGCGCCGGGGAAGUCGCCAAAUCGCAUGAUGAAAGCCCCCCGAGCCCGUUCAUUGUCUCUCUUGAAUCUUUGCAUGCACUUCCUCGCGCGCGCGCCGCGACGGUCCUACAUGCGGCGCCUGUCGAUCCUACGGCUCGUUUGUAUCCCUUCUGCGUACUGCUGCGGGACAAAUUUUUGGAGGCCGGAUUUUUGGUGGGUGAACAGAAGAAGGGGAAAGAUAACGAGCAGACGAAUGAUAAGUCUACAGAGGGUGCGGCGGUUGAAGAGCCCUCUCGCCUCGAGGAAAUGCCAGCCAACAUUGCGGAAGAAGCCGCACUUAAAUCAGACAAGUCGAUAAGCACCGAGCCUGUGUCGAAGAAAUCUACAGCGUCAAAACCGAAGAUCAGACCCCUUCUUCUGCAUGCUACCGUGGCAAAUACGAUUUAUGUCCGUGGGAGAGCGCGGGGUGGAGGACCGCACAAGGGUCAAAGCCGCAAAAACCAAUACACUUUUGAUGCGCGGGAUUUCCUGUCCCACUAUCGGAAUUAUUAUGUUGACGGUGAUAGAACGACUCCUCGAGCUAUGGUGGUUACUACUAGCGGGGGUAGUGAGCAAGAUCAGCUGAGCGGGGAGGGUCUUUCCGAUAAUGAGACCAGCGGUUCGGAAAGUGAGGGAGACAAGUCACUGAACAACAGAAGGGCAUCUAGCGAUGACACUGGCGGCAGUAGACAGCAAUAUCCCUUCGUGUGGGCGAAGGACUUCGCCCUUGAAACGGUAUGUAUCUGUGAGAUGGGUGCGAAGAAACUUGACCCAGAGGCCGACGAGGAUGGAAUGAACGCGCGUUUGCGGGAGAAAUACUUGCCUGUAGUUGAAAGGAGCUUGGAGUUUUAAUCUACUGGAGACGGGGAUGAUAAGAUUGAUGCCAGUAGUGACGGGGGUGGUGUGAAUAUUCGUUGACUGUUAUAUACCCAGCGUCAAAUAAUUAGACAUGCUUCUAGCGAAGUAAAAC